AUCCUGUAUGGUAGUGAACACUUGCAGAGGAAGGGCUGGGGCCAGUCAACUUUACAAAUGAAACCAAGAAUCAGACUGAGAGAACCCAUCGUUAAAAGCUCUUGGGAUUCCUGAGAGCCCAGCCUGGGGAGACAGGGAGGCACAGAGGCACAGAACCAAGAGGAAGCUCGAACUCCAAUCCCUGCCCUUUCUUUCCUGUGUGUCUUCCAUAUCGAAAUUGCUGGCUUAUCCGUGUCCAAUUCCAGUCAACUAGCCACUGACUCCGCCCCCAGAUUCAAGCUGUGGAAGCUCCAUCAUGAUCCCACAAGUCGUGACCAAUGAGACUGACACAGAGUUUUCAACAAAUGAAGUCAACUUUCCCCAAGCAGACAAACCCCAGCCUGCCCACCAGAAGCAAGGCAGCCUGAAGAAAUAUCUAAAGGCAGAGAUCAAAGUGAUAGCAGCAAUCCAGAUCAUGUGUGGUGUGAUGAUGUUGUGUCUGGGCAUCAUUUUGGCAUCUGCUCCUAACAUCCCAUACUUUACCCAAGCGCUUUCUGUCCUGUUAAAAUCUGGCUACCCAUUUAUUGGAUCCUUGUUUUUUAUCAUCUCUGGAAUUCUGUCAGUCAUCACAGAGACAAAGUCAAAAAAGUCUUUGGUAGAUGGCAGCCUGACUAUGAACAUCUUGAGUAUUUCAUUUGCUUUCAUGGGCAUCAUUAUCCUCUCUGUCAGCCUGGCUAGUUUGCAUCAUGCCUUAGAGGAAUGUGAGAAGAACUGGGCACUUAAACCAACUGAAGUUAGUUACUUCCGCUAUCACUUCAGCCUACAAAGAAGUUCCUGCUCUGACUCCAAGGCUGUUUUGAAUGGAAUGCUUUCAUUGAUGUUGAUCUGCACUGUGUUGGAUCUUGGCCUGGCUAUGAUCGCUGCCAUUGUGUGGUGGAACCAGGGUAAUUUUGACUUCUCUGGGAAUGUGAUUUUCAUGUCUCACAACUCAAACAAUGAAUCCAGCAUGGAAUCAAAGUCACUUUGUAACCCUGCAUAUGCAGAACAAAAUUAGUUUCUUCAGAAUAAAAAAAAAAAUGGAAAUACACAGCAGAGAGCCUGUCUUCAUGAUCAUGCAGAAAAUCUGACCAUCACAAGACAUCAAUGCUCAUGUUUCCUGAAAUAUGGCUGUUUAAAAAGUGAAUACAAGAAAGAAAAAAGGUGAUUAACAGUAAUGUGUUGAAUGGGUGUGUCCAGUGACACCCUCUUGACUUUCAUAGCCUUGGCUUCAACCAAAGCUCAGACCUGCAAAUAGUGGCCAAAGAUCCAGAUAUUUAUCAGAAAAUAAUAGAAUGUUUGAGGGAACCAUGGUGGAGCAAGGGGGCAACAUUGUCUUGUUGCCGUUAACAAUGAUAGUUAACCAUUUUACCCCUGUGUUCAGAACCCCUGUGGUGGCAUGGUGUUUUCAUUAUAUCAAUUUUAUUCAUUAGUAAUAGAAACAAGUGACCUGCAAUAAAGUCUCAAGAACUGUACAUGUUAUUGGUUUCAAAAUAAAGUAUUUUUGUGAUUGUG